GGAUUUGACCUUGAACAACUCUAUUUUUGCUCCUUCAUCUGAUAGGAGCACCAACCCACCCUCAUCCCAUUACCGACUAAUGAGAUUGUUCUCUUUUUAACCAAAAAAAAUAAUUAAGGAUGAUUUUGAUAAAAAUAAAACUCAAAAAAUAAUACUCCUUUAUGCGUAUUGGUUUAAAAAUAAAAGGAUAAAAAAAAAGAGAAUAUGGAAUUUUUAAAAAAAGUUAUACGACUCCACAGUAAAAUGGGAUGGGAGUAAGAAGAAAGAAAACAAAUUGGUGGAGGAUUGAGGAAUUUGUGGUCACUGAGUUUCUUGUGAAUCGGAUAGCACAACUUUGUCGCAGCCAUUAUUCUCAUUGUAAAAUAGCAGAGUCUCGUUCCUUUUGAGUAUAAUUAUUAGAAGGGCAUCAAAGUGAAAGCCAUGAAUUUGGCUUCCAUUAUCCAUAACAGCACUACUAGUCAUUCCAUCUCCACCUUCCACAAGAUUUACCCAAUUUAUUCGCCUUCUACAUGCCCAAAAUGGCUUCACUUUCAGUUAUCUCCUCUUCGCAUUCCACCACCCACUUUAGUUGGGUGCAUUUAUAGACAAAGAUAUAGUGCGGUAGUAUCCUGCUUGAGAAAAUCCGAACAAAGGGAAGAAUCGCCUACUGCUGAAAAACGAACUCAAGGAUCUGGCAAUUAUGUGUCUUCUGUCAGGACGGUUGCCUUGUGUGUGUUUUCAGCAGUGGCAUUUGGUGUUGGCGUGGGGUUCACGGAAGGAGUUACCAAGGCAUCUGAAUUUUUCGCCGGGUAUCUGCUGGAGCAGAGCUUGUCAGUGGACAAUUUGUUUGUAUUUGUUCUGAUAUUCAAAUAUUUCAAAGUACCACUUAUGUAUCAGAACCGGGUGCUCUCGUAUGGAAUUGCCGGUGCCAUAAUCUUCAGAUUAUCCAUCAUACUGCUAGGAACAGCGACCCUGCAGAGAUUUGAGGCAGUCAACUUACUGUUGGCUGGGGUUCUUCUAUACUCAUCAUUCAAGCUGUUCACUGGAGAAGAAGAAGAUGCUGAUCUAUCUGACAAUUUCAUUGUGAAGACCUGCCAGAAAUUCAUUCCUAUCACAUCUGAAUAUAAUGGUGACCGGUUCAUAACUUUGCAGGAUGGUGUAUGGAAAGCUACACCUUUACUUUUGACAGUAGCGGUAGUUGAACUCAGUGAUAUUGCAUUUGCUGUUGAUUCUAUACCAGCAGUUUUUGGUGUCACAAGAGAUCCUUUCAUAGUUUUCACAUCGAAUCUCUUUGCAAUUUUGGGACUGAGGUCAUUGUACACCCUCAUAUCUGAAAGUAUGGGGGAGUUGGAAUAUCUACAGCCUUCCAUUGGUGUUGUCCUGGGAUUCAUUGGAUUCAAAAUGAUCCUAGACUUUUUUGGAUACCAUGUUUCCACAGAGGCGUCUCUUGGUGUUGUAGCGACAUGUCUAAGCGCUGGAGUCUUGCUGAGUCUUGUAAAGAAAUCUGAUCAAUGAGUUGGGGUGCUCUCUUGAGAUCCUGUUCAUUAGGAAGAUAGAGGAUAUCUAUGGUGUUCCUUUCUUCUUCUUUUCGCCAUUUCCUUGACCGUUUGGCAAAUGUACUUUAUUCAAUUGAUAUGACCGUGACAAAAUUAUCAAUUUAACAUGGUUUUUUUUUUUUUUUGUAACAAUUUGGAUCCUUAAUAAUGCAACGCAAGGUUGGGGUGAA